UUCAGGUGAACUUGACGUGUCGCUGCUAAAUUGUCGCGCCGACAGGUUUCUGGAUGUUAUUAAUCGGGAGAGACGCUGGUGUCGGGCUCCAGGACCAGGCUGUAGCUCCGGAAACAUGACGGCGUCCAAAGAUCCGACCAAGAAGAAGCCGAAAGACCCGCAGCAAGACGAGGAGUUUGUGGAUGUCAGCCCCCCGCAGAGAAACUGGAAGGGCAUCGCCAUCUCUCUGCUGGUCAUUGUGGUGGUCUGCUCACUCAUCACCCUGUCAGUUGUUGUCCUCACCCCAGCUGAGCUUCCUGAAAGCAGCAAGUCCAGACUGACUGUGGAAGAUCUGUACAAACUCGAGUUCAGCACUCAUGACCCUGAGGUCAAGUGGAUCAGUGAUUCAGAGGUGGUAUACAGGAACAGAGACGGUAAUGUCAUCAAGUUUAAUUUUAUCCUGAACGAGACGGAAAUCCUUCUGAGCAACUCCACCUUUGUGGCUUUUAAGGUGGCAAAAUACUCACUCUCUCCAGAUCUGAAGUAUGCCCUGUUUGCGUAUGAUGUCAAACCGGUGUACAGAUAUUCAUACACAGCCUCCUACAUUGUUUACAACAUCUACACCAGGGAGGUAUGGGAGCUGAACCCCCCAGAGGUUCAGAAUUCUGUGCUCCAACAUGCUGCCUGGGGAAGACAAGGACACCAACUG